ACACAAAUAAUAAUACACGCUCAUCAUCAUCAUCGACGACGAUCGCUGGUGUGUUAAGCAAACGCGAACGACGACGGCAGAAGAAGGUGGUGGCGCACCACACUCAUAUCAAGGGGGCUGUUGCUGUCGAAAGAAUUAUAAAAGAAAAGCGCGCGAGCACACACAGUAGUUCGCAGCCCUCCUCGAUCUCUCCGCAAAACGCGAGUUUACAAGAACCAUGUGAAUGUGCCCAGUUUCUCUCCAUUCCUUCUCCUCUCUUUCCCCACAAACACACACACACACACACAAGUACAUACAUACAUAAACACUACUCACACACACAAUAUCGCAUCCGCAAAACAUACACUCACACGCAAAACACACUUUAUUAACACCAUUAUCGUUACCCCAUUUUUAGAUCUAUUUAUGGUUUAUUUAUUUCACGAUUUUAGUUAGUGGUCGUAGCGUAAGCGCAGAGGGAGGAUGCCCGGACCGCCGCCUCCUCCGCCACCGGGGGUGCCGCCCCCAAUGAUGCCGCCGCCCCCGACGGCGUUCGCGCCAUCUAAGGGCGGCCCCGACAACCGAUCGGCUCUGCUCUCGUCCAUCCGGCAAGGAGCGAAGCUGAAGAAGACGGUGACCGUCGACAAAAGUGCCCCAAUGUUAGGUAAAAAUAGUAAUGGAAAUAGCGGUGGAAUCGCGAGUCCGUCAUCAAGGGGUGGCAACGGAUCGACGAUGGGAGGAGUCGGUGGUGGACCUCCGAUGGGAUUGGGCGGUCUCUUCGCAGGUGGAAUGCCGAAGCUGAAACCGACCGGAAAGCAGCUGGCUCCAUCUAACGCGAAUCGAUCGACGGACGGGGGCGGCUCCCCGACCGCUUCCAAGAAUUUCUCCUCCAUACAGACGGAGCUGCGAAAGCAGAUGGCCAACGAUAGCAAGAAUCGGGGACCGCCGCCUCCGGCACCAGUCAGGAAUUUCAAUAAUGAUGAUAUUACAACAUCUAGUCGUCAGCCGUCUACGACGAGGAACGGCUUCCAUCAGAACCUUAACACGGCUGUGCAGAACAACGCUCACCAUAGGAAGACGCAGAGCAACGUGAAUGUUACCACAACAACGACGACGAUGACGGCGGACGCAACGGAUUCCUCGAGUCAGAACAAUAACGUGGCGCCUCCGAAACCGUCCAUCAACCAUGGAAAACCAAAUUUGGCGCCGAAACCGCCGUCGCUGAACGGUAAACCUGCGGCGCCGCCGAAGAAGCUUUCGCUGAACGGGAAACCGAUCAGCAGGGCGCAGAGCAUGAGAAGUCCGAGGUCGCCGUCCCCGCACAGUCCGGACAACAACAAUCCCGAAUACCAGAACAAAUUCGGAACGGUGAGGAACCUGUCUUCAGUAUUAAACCAGAACCAUCUGGGCCACAGUCUGGGUAAUCUGACUCAGAUGAAGCCGCGCACUCCACUCAAUGGAAGACCAACGGCGCCGCCUCCCUCUGUACCCGGGCAGCAGGUGCCGCCACCUCCUCCGCCGAGCAAAACAGUGCGACCACCGAAUCACGCUCCGCCUCCACCGCCGAACGCCAUCCCGCAGGCACCGAGCCACGCCCCACCGCCGCCUCCGCACAGGACGCAGGCACCGUCUAGAGCGCCGCCAGCGAUACCGACGGCGAUGGGCGGUCUGAGCGCACCACCGCCGCCUCCUCGCAACUCUUCGAUACGAGAUGUGGGCGGUAACAUGAGCAGACGACCGUCGAACGCGAUCAGCGUCUCCUCCUCCUCCUGCUCCAUCACCACCAACAACACCUCUUCAUUGGUGAGCGAGCUGGAGAAGCGAUUCGCCUUCCAUUCGCCGAGCGAAUUCCCGAAGCCGAUGCCCUUCCGCAACGUGCACAAGGUCUAUAACGGUCGACAAGUUGGCAAUAAACAGAAGGCGCCACCGCCUCCUCCCGAUCAGAUACAGCUGACGAAUCGUCUGUGGGAGACGUCGACGUGCUAACGCAGAAAGAAACGAAAAGAGAAAACACUUAAACGUGUCUAUCGAGAAUCGCAUAAGAAAGUUGCUCAAAAUUUCCGAUCGUCAUCAUCGUCGUCGUCGUCGUCAACUGUUUUGCGUUUGCCACCGCUGCUCCUCGUGAAAUGUUUCCGAGGAGAGCAAAACAAACUCCUCCCCCCAACCCACCGUCGCCGCCCACUCACACACGAACGUGCACGCCCACCGACAGCCCAACCAAUACGAACGUUAGAGUUUGCGUUUGGUGUUGGUGAUAGGUGUAAAACUUUUUGUUCAGGGGAGGUGCGAUUAAAUAAUAAUAAUAAUAAUAAUAAAUGGGGGAAAGGAGA